GGGGGAGGCAGGCUGGCUGUCCUGCCCUCUCUUCUCCCACCCCACUGUCUACAACUACAACUCGGCCCAGGCAGCGGGCCUCAACCUGGUGUGGUACCACGUGGCUGCAGGUCAGGACCUGGAACAGCCCAUCGACUUCCACCACCCCGACCAGAGGCUCAGCAAGGAGAGGGAGAGGCUGUGGCUGCAGCCAACCACCAUGCAGGACACGGGCCAGUACAUCUGCAUGCUGAGAAACAGGACAUCGUGUGCCAAGAUUGCCGUGCGCCUGGUGGUGGUGCCACGUGGCCAGAACCCUAACUGUGAGGUGAAGUCUGCUGUGCCUCCCACCCUAGUCAUCGCGCCAAUACAGGAGGGCAAGACCCUAACCUGCCCUGACCUGGAGGACAUCAAGCGACCUAACUCUAGCCACUCUGUCACCUGGUACCAUGAUUGUAAGGCCUUCAGGAACUUUGAUCGUGUGCUCAAAGAAGACAAGCUGGUCAUCUAUAUAAUGUUCGAGCACUACCAAGGACUGUACCACUGUGUGGUCACUUAUGAGACCAAAGGAAGAGUCAUCAACUUCACUAGAGUGGUCAAUGUAACUGCAGUGUCUUCCAGUGGUUUACCCAAAGAGCCCAAUAUACUCAACCCUGCCAAGGAGCAACUCUAUCCUGUCAAACAAGGGUCAGAGGUGAAUCUCAUAUGCCAAGUGUCGUUGCCCUACCUGGAAGGACCCAGGGAGACCUGGUGGACCAUCAAUGGGAAGACUGUAGAGCAGCUAGCUGACCCCCGCAUCUCAUUCACUUCUAGGGUGGUGUUGGAUUAUUUUGGGGACUGGACAGUUGAGAAUGUGCUCCACAUCCAGGACUUCAGCUCAGAGGACCUGACCAGAGAAUACAACUGCUCUGGACGCAAUAACCGAGGCAAUGCCACCCGCAGGGCAAUGCUAGAAGAGGAGGUGUACCUGCCAUCCGUGGAGCUGGGUUGUGGCCUGGGCGUGACUCUGUUCCUGAUGCUGGUGCUGUUCCUGGUCUAUAACAUCUUCUGGCUGGAGCUGCUGCUGCUCUAUCGCUCCUGGUUCGGAACUGACGAACGCUGUACAGACGACAAGGAGUAUGACAUCUACAUCUCGUAUGCAAGGAAUAGCGACGAGGAGCAAUUUGUCCUCUUGACACUGCGCAGGGUCCUGGAGAACGAGCUGGGAUAUACUGUCUGCAUCUUCGACAGGGACAGCCUUCCUGGAGGGACCAUCACAGACGAGACGCUGACCUUUGUGGGCCGCAGUCGCCGCCUCCUGGUGGUGCUCAGCCCAGGAUACGGCCUCCAGGGGACCCAGGCCCUGCUGGAGCUCAAGGCAGGGCUGGACAGCAUGGCGUGGGGUGGGCAUCUACGAGUCAUCCUGGUCCAGUAUAAGCCACUGAGGCGGGACGGCUGGGUGCGCGAGCUGAGGCGGGCGAGGGUGGCCCUGGCGCUGGUCCGUUGGCAAGGGGACAAAUCCAGUGAUCUGUCCUCUAGGUUCUGGAAGCGACUGCGUGUGGAGCUGCCUGUCAGAAGGAUUGAAGACCCGCUACAGAGCCAAGUAACGCGAUACCACUGCAGAAUAUAGCUAUAGACACACACAGCGUGCAUAAUAACAUAGGGGAGAUGCAACUCGCGCUUAGAAUACAGAAUGGCAUAGGAUAUACGUGACAUACGGACGCACACACAUACACACACACCAUUGUUCCAUCAUUUCACUGUCGUCUUGUUUCCUUUUUGUGAGUGACAAGCUAUUCAUCCAUUUGUUUUGCAUUCUGUUAAAUGCUCUUUUGAAAGAGUCCCACAUAUGUUAUAUCGUUUUGUAUAAUUCUUUCAUAUUAUGUAAAUGUUUAUCUGAAUAAAUUCAUUUUUUUACAUCUCAA